CGCAGCCGCUCCGGAAGACCUGGGAGGGGGGUGCGGGCUCUUUCGCCUCUUUCGGCGGGCAUGGCGCUGCUGCUCUUGCUGCUGUCUGGCCGGCGUUGUUGCUGCCGCCCUGGCUGCUGCGGCUUGCGCUUAGGAUUUCGCCGACCUCCCGUCCCCGUUGCUUUCCUUCACCGGGCUUUACGCCCACCAGAGCCUCCACCGUGGCCGGCCCUAAGACUUCCAGUGUGCUAUUUUUCUUCAAAAGCAAAUUCAAACAAGCUUACCUCUGCCUUGGUUUCAAAAAUCAAAUACCUGAAUCAGAAGUAUGAAAGAUAUUUGGAAAGGAAAUUCCCCCGUUUCUAUCAGCUAUAUUCAACAUUUUUAAAAGGCUUACAGGUUUUCUUUUCAGAAGCAAAAGAAAUAAGAAGAAUAAAGGCAGACAUGUCAAAUAAAAAUAUCCAGUUCCACCAGCUUCCUUACAGGGAAAUGGAGAGACUAAGACAGUUUCGCAGGGACCUUAUUAAAGCAAUUCCUGUUGGGAUUCUCUCUCUUCCACCCUUCGCCAACUAUUUAGUUCUUUUGCUUAUGUAUUUAUUCCCAAGACAGCUCUUAAUACGCCACUUCUGGACUCCUGAACAACAAGCUGAGUUUCUGAACACUUACCACAAUAUGAGGAGGGAGGUAUAUACUGAAGUGAUUGAUGGUCUAAGACAUCUGUCUCACUUCCCAGAUGAUCCUCAGCUUCGCCAACGGAUGCUAUAUCUCUGCAAAAAGGUUCAGGAAGGAUUUCAUCCAGAUGUAACGGAGCUUAAAGCUGUGAGGAGUUUAUUUGUGGGGCAUCCCUUUGGUAUCCAACAGCUCACGGUUCAGCAUGUGAAAGUUCUCAGUCACGUUUUGUUCCUGACGCCUUGCUUGCCAUCAUUCUUCCUGAGAAAUCGCUUGAGGAGCCAUCUCUCUGAGCUGCAUUAUCUGGACCAGGCAAUGGUGAAACUAGGAGUAAGCCAGCUGACAGAUGAAGAAGUGCAAGUGGCAUGCUAUACCCGUGGCUUGAAUUCCGUUCAACUUGAUCCAGCUGAUUGUAGGCGCUGGUUGAACCAGUGGCUAUCACUCUCCUGUUCACUAAAAGACUCAGGGCGGUGCAACGCUUCUCCCCAGAAAGAAGCAACCAACAGCCAAAAAGAGGAGAAGAAGUCCCUCCAGCUGGAGCACAGGCAGCUCUUCCAAGGAGGAAGUAUUUGGGUUCACUGGAUGCCAACUGUUCCUUCUUUGAACACCUCAUUCUCUUGAGAAGGUAACAGCUGCUAGCAGGGACUGCUCCAAUUUGUUCUCCUGCAGGUUAGCUCCUAACUCAGGGGUGUUAAACUCCUAACUCAGGGGUGUUAAACCCUGCGGGUCUGUCCUGGUCUAUUCAAUGGGAAGAGGAGAGAUUGGGUCAGUGUGGCUUUGGCCACAUGCGGAGAGGAAACACACCAGCAGUUGGUCACGCCCAUUCAAUUGGCCAUACCCACCCAGUCAGCCACCCACACCCCCGAGGUCAAUAUGCGGCCCUCAAUGAAAUUGUGUUUGACACCUGUAUCCUAACUUAUCCAUUGGCAGAAAGACUUGGCUGAAGGCCAGAAGAGAAAUGCUCACAAAUCUGCUCCUGUAAAGCCGUUUGCCAGAAAUUAAGGAAAAGAAUGUAUAGCUAAAUUUAUCACACACCGCUGUAAUAUUAUGCUAUUUGUGUCUAUGUCUGUGUGCCUUCAAAUCAGUCUUGACUCCUGGCAACUAUCUGACAAGUCCCUGCAAUUUUCCUGUCAAGAUUUCAGAAGUGGUCUCCCUUGCCUUCUUCCUAGGGCUAAGAGAAAUUGACUGGUCCCAGGUCACCCAACUAGCUUCAGGCCUAAAGAGGAACUAGAAUUCAGUCUCCCAGUUUCUAGCCUGAUGCAUUAACCACAUACCUGAUUGGCUCCAUGUUUAUUAUGCACCAUCUCAUUCUAAAGAAAACUAGUUUUAAUGAUAGAGGAGACAAAGGAAGUGCAGCUCUAUUUCAGAAGACAGCUAGAACACCACGUUGCCACAACUAGAAAUAUGAAAGAAAAGCACCUAAGAUUUAGAGUAUUUUGCCUCUAGCUUCUCCAAUAUAUCUGCAUCCAAAAAGAACAGGAAUGCUCUCAAGUAUCAUCUAUAUUUCAUAGGUUUGUUGUUAUAGAAAUGGCUAGUAUAUAUUAUUAUAUAAAAGUAAAAAGUUUAAUGCUAUUACCUUAUUCUUUUGCACCAAAGGGAGUCGGAAGUCAACACUUUUUCUUUUUUUCCCCUCUACCCUACACUGUUCCCCCCUUCCCUCCCUUAUUUUCCCAUUAUUAUUAUUAUUUUGUAUUUUACAUUUAUACUUUGAUAAACUAAUUAAAAAAAAUGAAACUAUAUAGCUUGGCUGAUGUCAAAAAGCUAAAUAAGAUCAGGUUUGGAUUGUUAGGUGCUUGGAAAGGUGAAUUAUUAAAAAAAAUUAAAAAGGGAAUAGAUAAAAAGUAUCGCCUAUAUUUUUUAUACUCACUCAGACUAAAAUAUCUGGUCUACAUCAUCUUGAAAAUAAUCACAUAAGUCAUAAUAAUAAUAAUAAUAUAUGUACCUACCAUAUCAAGUAAGGAUAAUAUCUAAACAAUUCUAUAGUUGGUCAGCACUGACAAAAAAACACCUAAUAUAUUUACGAUAUUUCCAAAAAUAGAAGGGAUAUGAAAGAAAGGGAGAGGAGGGAACUCUGAAUCAUGCUGCGAGUUUCUUUUCCUAGCUUCACUUUUCUGCCGCAAGACAUUCAUUACAGAACAAUGGCCUUUCCUUCAUUCAGCUGGGAGACAGAUUAGUCUGAGCACAGGCCUUGAUUUUUUUUUUUUUAAAUGUGCCUGAUGACUGAGAAAUAAUGCCAUUUCCAAGAGAGAAAUAACUUUUUAAAAGCUGCCCUUCUUCCCUGCACAAAAUGCUGCGGGUGAACAAGAAAAAGGAAACAGCUCUUGAAAAAAAUCACGGGUCACCCUCAAAUGACACGCUAGAGGAGGAAUAUGUGAAGGGAAAUGAGAAAGGUUCAGGAAAUAGAGCAUUUGCAACGUAUCAAAGAGAACUGAAAUCUGGUGGGAAAACAGCUUAGUAAUCCACUGUAGAAACACAAACCUCAUCCAUAAAAAUCACUGCUUUGAAAGUUUAAGAGAAAUGCCACUCAGCAACUCUAACCCACUGUCUUUGUGGAAUAAAACUCCAGCCUUUCAUAAAAUAGAAGACUCUGCAGAAGAAGAAUUUGGUCAGCAGAUCUCAUGAAUCUACUUCCCACAAACUGCGUGCAUGUUGGUGUAACUCCAUCACCACCCACCCAGACUAGCCCUGCCCACUUCUUCCUUGCACUUGUCUGUUCCCUUCCACAUCCUAGCAACUGUCUCCAUAGCAACAAAGCUGAACAAAUG